AUUUGCUUUGCUUCCUCCCCUAACUCCUUUCUUCAACGUUCUUUUACCACCGAACGGCAAACCAUCCCUCCAUCCCACCAUCCCUCUCAACAAAAAACUAGAAUCAAUCCACCCAUAAAACCGGCCCCCUGCCCUUCUGCCUCAGCUCCGCCGCCUCUCGCCGCUCCCUCUCUCUUUUUACCUCCCUAAACCGACGCCUAAUUCCCGGUUAUUUCCCGUCAUUCUGGUUUUCUAGAUUUCCCUCCAAAUAGUAUCCCUCUUCUUCCCCUCCCACGCCUCCUAUUCCCAAACCCUAAUUCUUUUCCCUCUCCCUCUCCGCUUCCGUCGUAGCCACCGUACAAUUUUCCUCCGAUCAUCCACGCCUCUUCGUUUUCCCUCCCAUCUCUCCGUUCCAGAACAUAUUUGACCGGAGUCGGACAGUUAUUUGAUUGCUGAGAUUCUCUUGUUUUGAGCGCUGGCGUUGCUCCGUUUUCCUUCUGAUUCAAUGGCUAUUUGACAAUUUUCCUCGGGGUUGAAGUUGGAGAUCGGUGUUGGUUUUGCGGGCGAGGAGUUUGAAGAAUUGGGAUCCGAGAGAGAUGAGUAACCAGAAGAAGAGGAACUUCCAGAUAGAGGCGUUCAAGCACCGGGUCGUGGUGGAUCCGAAAUACGCAGAUAAGACCUGGAAGGUUCUGGAGCAUGCUAUCCACGAGAUUUACAACCACAACGCCAGUGGCCUCAGCUUCGAAGAGCUCUACAGGAAUGCUUACAACAUGGUUCUCCACAAAUUUGGUGAGAAGUUGUAUUCUGGCCUGGUUUCCACUAUGACCUCACAUCUAAAGGAGAUAUCUAAAGCUAUUGAGGCUGCCCAGGGAGAAUCCUUUUUGGAGGAGCUGAACAGGAAGUGGAAUGACCACAACAAAGCGCUGCAGAUGAUCAGAGACAUAUUGAUGUACAUGGACAGAACUUAUAUCCCUAGUAAUCAUAAAACCCCUGUUCAUGAGCUAGGCCUCAACUUAUGGAGAGAUAAUAUUGUUCGCUCCAGCAAAAUCCAGACCAGGCUAUUGAACACUCUUCUGGACUUGGUCCACAGAGAACGAACUGGCGAAGUAAUAGACCGUGGUCUGAUGAGAAACAUAAUUAAGAUGCUGAUGGAUUUAGGUUCUGCAGUUUACCAGGAAGAUUUUGAGAAGCAUUUUCUUGAAGUUUCUGCCGAGUUUUACAAAGUUGAAUCUCAGAAGUUCAUUGAAUGCUGUGAUUGUGGUGAGUAUCUGAAGAAAGCUGAGAAACGUUUGAAUGAAGAGAUAGAGAGGGUGACACACUACUUGGAUGCUAAGAGUGAGAUCAAAAUCACCAAUGUGGUGGAGAAGGAAAUGAUUGCGAAUCACAUGCUGAGACUUGUCCAUAUGGAUAAUUCAGGCUUGGUCAACAUGCUUCUCGAUGAUAAAUAUGAUGACUUGGGAAGAAUGUAUAACUUAUGCCGCCGAGUACCUAAUGGUCUUCUUACAAUCCGAGAAGUAAUGACUUCUCAUCUUAGAGAAACUGGCAAGCAACUCGUUACUGAUCCCGAAAGGUUAAAGGAUCCAGUGGAGUUUGUGCAGCGGCUCUUGGAUGAGAAGGAUAAGUAUGACAGCAUCAUAAACAAAGCCUUUAUCAAUGACAAGACAUUCCAGAAUGCUUUAACAAAUUCGUUCGAAUACUUCAUUAAUUUGAAUGCUCGUUCCCCUGAAUUCAUCUCGCUGUUUGUUGAUGACAAGCUGCGGAAGGGGCUAAAGGGAGUUAGUGAAGAAGAUGUGGAGAUCAUUCUAGACAAGGUGAUGAUGUUGUUUAGGUAUUUGCAGGAGAAAGAUGUGUUCGAAAAGUAUUACAAACAACACUUAGCUAAAAGACUUUUGUCGGGUAAAACCGUAUCAGACGAUGCAGAGAGAAGUCUAAUUGUUAAACUCAAGACUGAAUGCGGGUACCAGUUUACUUCAAAAUUAGAAGGUAUGUUCACAGACAUGAAGACUUCGCAGGACACAAUGCAGGGAUUUUAUGCAAGUCAUCCCGAGCUAGGAGAAGGGCCCACACUCGUAGUUCAGGUUUUGACAACUGGGUCUUGGCCAACUCAGCCUAGCGCCACCUGCAACUUGCCUUCUGAAAUGUCGGCACUAUGUGAGAAGUUCAGGUCGUAUUACCUAGGGACUCAUACGGGUAGAAGAUUGUCGUGGCAAACGAACAUGGGGAAUGCAGAUAUGAAGGCGAGUUUUGGGAAAGGUCAGAAGCAUGAGCUGAAUGUUUCGACGUAUCAAAUGUGCGUUCUAAUGCUCUUCAACAAUGCUGAGCGGCUUAGUUACAAGGAGAUUGAGCAGGCGACUGAGAUUCCAGCCCCUGAAUUGAAGAGGUGCUUGCAGUCCAUGGCUUGUGUGAAGGGCAAAAACGUGCUUAGGAAAGAGCCCAUGAGCAAAGAGAUUGGUGAAGAAGAUGCCUUCUUUGUGAAUGACAAGUUCUCAAGCAAGUUUUAUAAGGUGAAGAUAGGAACGGUGGUUGCACAGAAGGAAUCCGAGCCUGAGAAGCAAGAGACACGGCAGCGAGUGGAAGAGGACAGGAAACCGCAAAUUGAAGCUGCAAUAGUUAGGAUCAUGAAGUCAAGGAGGGUAUUGGAUCACAACAACCUAAUCAGUGAGGUCACAAAGCAAUUACAACAACGGUUCCUCCCCAAUCCGACUGAGAUCAAGAAGCGGAUCGAGUCGCUUAUUGAGCGGGAUUUCUUGGAAAGGGAUAACGUGGACCGAAAACUUUACCGGUAUCUUGCAUAAUUUUCGAUGGCGGGGAAAAAAUGUGGUGGAAACAAGCAGGUUGCAGGUUUUCCUUGUUUCUUUAUGGUUGUGGAUUUUAACAUUGAGAAUCUGCAAAGAUGUACACUCCCCUGUUGUUGGUAAGUGGAAAAAUUGUGUUAGUUCUCUUGCGGAGUUAUGUGAUGGUUUCUUUCUCCCCGUAAUGAACAGAUUUAUUUUGCUUCUGUUCCUUUUCUUGUCUGUUAAGCGUGCUGCCUUUCGUGUUUGCAUAGACAGUCCAUGCUUUAUUAGGCUAUAGAUUAGAUUGUCCAGAACGUAACAAUGGUGGAUUUGGGAUGUGUAAUGUGUUGGCAGAAUGAUGUUUCCAGAUGAGGGGAUAGUAUCAUGUUCCUUCCAAACUCGGUUUUAAUCGACGAGGCGAGCUAGGAAUAGUUGGUAGAAGCUUCCAAACAUUUUUUGUAAUGUUUCCCUCUUGCUUGUUGGGGGACGUUUCUUUUUCCAGAAGGCUAAUCACAUUAUUCUGUGUUGAAGGUUGUUUAUUAUCCAAAUUGGCCUCAAAGAGCGUGUUACGUGGGCCACUUUUGAUGCAUGAGUUUUGCUUCAUUGGUAUUAAGACAAUGAUCUUAUUAUCAAGAGUGCGAGAUUCUUCUUUGGGUUCCAUCUGCC